UUUCCCGCCCCGUGGGUGUGUUCAGCAGCAGCCGGCCUCCGCAUCCACCUGCUCCCGCCCUGCCUCUCUCCAGUCAGGAGUGGCCAACUUUUAGUGAGGAGCCCACGCUGCGUGCCUGGACCUCUUCCACCUCGGGGACUUAGUUUCACGCUGCUUUUCACCCUGCUAAUAGAUGUGGAUUGUCAAGCUCGCCUUUCGUGCUCUGUCAAGGCUCAAGUAAUAAAAAAAACCCCGACAACAACAUUUUACCUUGAGACUACGCUGAGGACGCACAGGUACACCGUUGCUUCUGAGCAAGGACCGUUGAGAAGCAGCAUUGGAUUUAUUUAUUGUUGAGCUCAACUUCAAAGUUUGGAAGCGGAAGUGAUCGAUAUUGGAUUUUGACUGGCUAAAUUUGGUCUUUAAUCUCUAGACGCUGUGAUAGCCAGAUUGUUUUGUUUGUUUGUUUGUUUGUUUUGCUAAAUCACUCAUUCUGUGCUACUGGAAGUUGAUCAGCCAUGCAGAUGCACAGUCUAUGGACAGUCCACACCCUCCUGGCGCUGUGCAGCUUUGCUCUGGGGAACCUGAUGAGCAAUGAACCACUGGCUGCACCUCGUGUCUUCGUCUCCUUCAAAGAGCUGAGAUCUACUGGUACGGCUCAUCAUUUUGCCUACCUCCUCAACACUUCUGAUUACCGGAUCCUGCGAAUGGAUGAGGAUUAUGAUCGCAUGUACAUUGGUAGCAAAGAUCACAUUCUGUCCCUGGAUCUCCAUGAUAUCAACAAGGAUCCUCAUAUUAUUCACUGGCCUGUGUCUGAACGAAGAAAGAUGGAAUGCCUCGUAAGUGGGAAAGAUGCCAAUGAAGAGUGCGCUAACUUUAUCCGUCUGAUUGAGCCAUGGAACAGGACACAGCUGUACGUCUGUGGGACAGGCGCUUACAACCCAGUCUGUACCUUUGUAAACCGGGGACGUAAAUCUCAGACAUCCUUGUAUCUACAGAUGGCCCAGGCCAAAGGAAGGGCUAACCGUGCAGCUGAACCCAACGCGGUGCAUGAGACACUUGGAAUAAAGGAAGACAUUUUCCAUUUGGAGCCAGGCAAAGUGGAGUCUGGGAAGGGAAAAUGCUCCUAUGACCCUAAACUCAACAGUGUUUCAGCUUUAAUUAAUGGUGAACUCUAUGCUGGAGUCUAUGUCGAUUUUAUGGGGACAGACUCGGCAAUUUUCAGGACUUUGGGGACAAAGACUGCCAUGCGAACUGAUCAGUACAACUCCAGAUGGCUGAAUGAUCCCACUUUCGUCCAUGUGCACCUCAUCCCUGACAGUGCAGAAAAAAAUGACGACAAGCUGUAUUUCUUCUUCCGGGAGACAUCCUCUGAAAUGGGCCAGAGCCCUGUGACUCAGUCUCGCAUUGGACGCAUUUGCCUGAAUGACGAUGGUGGUCAUUGCUGUCUUGUCAACAAGUGGAGCACCUUCCUGAAAGCCAGGCUCAUCUGUUCGGUGCCAGGAACAGAUGGCAUGGAGACACACUUUGAUGAACUCCGUAAUGUUUACAUACAGCCGACACAGGACACCAAAAAUCCUGUUCUAUAUGGAGUCUUUUCAGUCUCUGGUUCUGUUUUUAAAGGCUCAGCUGUUUGCGUUUACUCCAUGGCUGACAUUCGCAUGGUCUUCAACGGACCUUUUGCCCACAAGGAGGGUCCAAAUUACCAGUGGGUGGCCUACACUGGGAAGAUCCCUUAUCCCCGCCCAGGAACAUGCCCAGGAGGUACAUUCACCCCCAACAUGAAGUCCACUAAGGACUAUCCCGAUGAAGUGAUAAACUUCAUGAGGAAUCAUCCUGCCAUGUACAACUCAAUCUACCCAGUACACAAGCGCCCCCUAGUGGUGCGGACUAACGUGGACUAUGAGUUUACCACCAUAGCAGUGGACCAGGUGACUGCUGCAGAUGGCAACUAUGAAGUGCUUUUCUUAGGAACUGAUAAGGGGACAGUUCAGAAAGUUAUCGUUCUUCCCAGAGAUGACCUGCUGACUGAGGAGCUGGUGCUGGAGGAGGUUGAAGUGUUCAGGGUUCCAACGCCAAUUACAACAAUGAAGGUAUCCUCUAAAAGGCAACAGCUGUAUGUUUCAUCUGCAGUCGGGCUGACCCAGCUAGCGCUUCACCGCUGUGAUGUUUAUGGAGAAGCGUGUGCCGAUUGCUGUUUGGCCAGAGAUCCAUACUGCGCCUGGGACGGCAAGUCGUGCUCCCGCUACUCCGCUUCCCAGAAGAGGUCUGACCCCUUUAGACGCAGCCGGAGACAGGACGUUAAGUACGGGAACCCGAUUCGCCAGUGUCGAGGCUUCAAUUCCAACACUAAUAAGAAUACUCUUGAGAUGAUACAAUAUGGGGUGGAGGGAAGCAGUACCUUUCUAGAGUGUCAGGCCCGAUCCCCACAUGCUGUCAUCAAAUGGCAUGUACAACGAGAUAACAGCGAUCGCAGGAAGGAGAUACGUUCCGACAGUCGGAUCUUAAAAACAGAGCAAGGUCUGCUCCUGCGGUCUCUGCAUCCCUCUGACUCUGGCAUGUACCAGUGCACUGCCACAGAAAAGAACUUCAAGCACACCCUCGUUAAGAUGCAGUUGGUGGUGCUGUCAAACCGUGCCGUCAAUAACGCCCUGGUGGAAAGCGGGGGAGCCUUUCAGCCAUCACUCCACUCUAGCACCCAGUGGACUCCCAGCGCAGGCCAGUACAAGGAUCUGCUCACCAUUCUCAGCCAACCAGAAAUGAGCCUCAUAAAUCAGUAUUGCCAGGACUACUGGCAGUUUGGAGACCCCAUGCAAGGUGCCCUUAAAGUCAAAGACCUGAAAGAGUUCAAAGAGCAGAAGAAACCCCGCAACCGCCGGCAUCAUGGGGAGGUAGCAGAGGGAGAAGAGCAGGUGGAUGUAGAGACAUGAGGAAGCCAAUUAUGUUACCAAACAGCCUCAACCACCCCCGCCACCCCUCACCAUGACAGCUGGGAGAGACUCAUCGAGUAAAUCAACAACAACAAAAAUACACAACCCCCACAAAUAUUAAAAGAAACUGAGACAAAGAGGCUUAGACACACACUCCAACAUCCAAUGUUUCAAAGCAUAACACAUUCAAUAUGCUACUCAGUAUUUAUUGUAGGUUGUAUAUAGUAGGCCUAUCAUUCUGUGGAUUUAUUUGUACUUAAAAGAUAACAGGCUCUUCGUGUAUAGGUAACUUUGGGGCAAAUGUUGUUAAAUUUAUUGUUGCUGUUACUGCCAUUACCAAACUCGUCUGGCAUAUAACUUUAGAGACAGUUUGUACUUUUAAGUGCGUAAGCUGUAUAGAGCCCAGCUAGGAAGCUCUUUAUGUGACAGGGGAAAAUGUAUGGCUGAUAAGAGGUGACGGGAUCGCUGUUGUUUCUUGACUGUUUUGAUGUGUUACCAGGACAUUUGCAGGAACGGCUGGUGCACAACCGCAACAUGGAUGCAUGUGGAUUCUAAGGGGACCAUGGACAUGAAGAAUGCCCCCAAUUGUUGAGGAGGAACAAUUUUUUUCACCAAAUAAUUAUUCAGUUUUAAGCAGGGCAUAUUAAAAAAAAACAAAACGGGAUAUUCUUGUCUAAUUCAUUCUGCUGUGUGACACUCCUAGAAGAACAAUACAGUAGGUUAAAAUAGAUAACAUAAUGGUGGGGCUUAACCAAAUUCAAACUACAUAUAUACUGAGACUGUGGUGCAAUAAAUAGUCCAAAUUUUGUACAAAGGGCAUUCUUGUCAUUUUAAAAGCCGGCAGUUGGGGCCAAAUGCAACAAGCACACUUGUGGACGUCUGUGAAUACUGUAUUACAAAAAAAAAAAGUUGUUUAUGUUGGCAAUAGAUGCAUAGGCCAUGUCUUCUGUCUUCUGACAUCCAUGUUUGGAAAGGAAAUGUCAAUUUACAGUAUGCACAACUGAGCAUUGUAACAAUUUUUGUGACACUAACCAAAUAUUGGGAAGCUGGCUUUCUUUGUGUGCAUGAAAAUGUAUUUGUACUGUAUUUCUGAUAAGACGUACUGUAUGUGUGGUCAAUUUUAUUUUAUUUUUUUUCCUGUUCAUCGCCCUAACGGAUGGCAAAUAGGUUAUGAGAGUCAUUGCUAGUACAGUGCACCUGGUAGAACAAAUGUAAAUGUGCUGCAGCUCCAAACAUACUAUAAGAAAAGAUUUUAACAAAACAGAUGUUAAAUGUGUUAAAAUGACUUUGCUCCUAUUUGUGGACGGACCAUGUAAUUUGUAUUUUCCAUGUAAAUUUUUUAUACUGUAUAUGGUUAUUGACAGUUAUAAUUCAGUUAAAAGUGAAACAGACAAAUUGGGCCUCAAACACUUUAUUGUCACUUGUGGUCAAGAAAAACUGUCCUGUAUACAUCUGAAUAUACUUUAGCUGCUCCUCAAUUCAUGUAUUUUUUUUUUUUCCACAGACCUGAAUUAGAGCACAAAUUGAGCAAAUAUAACGAUUUUUAAAAACUGUCCUAAGUUUACGCAUUCUUUUUACAGUAUCAGAUUUUAUGAAAAAUAAUGAAAUAAAAAGAGGUGAUUUUAUUGUACUGACCUAGCUGUGUCAAGUUCUUGUACCAUCCAGUUCCAUUGUUGUUGCUAACUUCAUAAAUUAAAGCUCUAUAUUUUAUAAAAAUGGAAUGUUCCCCCCACUCAUUGUGAUUAACUUGAUAAUGGAUGUUUUCUAUGUUCUGCCCACACCUUUCUGGAAUAAAGUUGUAUCUG